CUUCACCAACCCGGCGGGACCAGGGCCGAAGCGAGAGGGGAAACCGACUUCCUAACUGGGGCCAGGUGAGCCCUACUGCGCAGCUCUCGGUUGCUCCGCGUCCGGGAUGGAGAGGGCCCGGGCGGCAUCCGGAGGAGACCAAGUCCGGGCCGAGUUGCCAAUGGAGACCUUGGAAAACCAGGUCCCGGGGCUGGAGCAGCCGCAGGCCCCCGCGGAGGAGCCACCGGAGAGUCCCGAGAACAGCCUGGCUCCGGCCGUACACCAGGCGACCGGCGCCGGCCAGGACUUCUCGGGCGGGAAGAAGCUGCCCUCGCCGCACCCCGCGCGCCUUCGGGUGCUGCCACCCAGCCUGGGCUACGGUGCCUUCCGCCGCCAGGUGUCCGCCAGCCCGGAGCCGCCGUCACCGGGCCCCGCUGCGGCCGAGCAGCCCCGGGACCGCGAGGCGGAGCUGGUGCCCUGGGCCGCGCCGGUGGAAUUGCAGGUGGACGUGCGCGUGAAGCCCGUGGGUGCGGCCGGUGGCAGCCGCGCGCCCUCGCCCGCGCCCUCCACGCGCUUCAUCACAGUGCCGGUACCGGAGUCCCCGGGCUUCUCCCGCCACGCCUCGCCCGUGUUCCCGAUUCUGCCGCGGACCGCCUCCUUGGGCAGCACGUGGGGUCGGGGCUCGCAGCUGGCCGUAGCCCGGGCGGAGCACGGCCUCGAUGCCGAGGGCCGGGUCGACCCUGCCGAGGGGGACGCGGAGUCCCCGGGCUCCCCUAAGUGCCGCUGCCGCUGCAAGGAGCAGGAGCUGGAGAAGGAGGACACCGUGCUGCUGCACCGCGCCCAGGUGGACGGCGACCUGAAGCUGCACCGGGCGAUAAAGCUCAUCGGGCUGCCGAUGUACAUGAAGUCCCUGCGCUGGGCCCUGGUGGUCAUGGCCGUGCUCCUGGCGGUGUCCACGGUCGCCAUUAUAGCCCUGGCCUCUCGAACAGGGGCCAGGUGCCGGCCGUGUCCCCAGGGCUGGCUGUGGUACGGGGAGCACUGUUACCACCUCUCCGCCGAAGCUCAGGCCUGGAAAGCCAGCCAGGCGUACUGCUCAGCCCUCAACGCCACCCUCGCCCUGCUGAGCCACAGCCAGGACUUCCUGAGCAGAUGCCUAGCCAUCAAGUACUCCUGGGUGGGGGCCCAGAGAGGCCCCCAUGGCUGGCACUGGAUUGACGGUACCCCCCUGUCACCCCCGCUCGUCCCGGAGGAAGAGGAGGGCCGGCCGGAUCUCAGGUGCGGGGCCGUGGAUGGAGGCAAGCUUGUGGCUUUGGACUGCUCCUCUCCAAGGCCCUGCAUCUGCGCCAAGGGGGCCGAGUGACGUGGGUUUCACCCGUUCACCCGCUGGAGGCCUGCAGCCUACUCCCUGGAGCCAGGCUCCCAGGGCUUCCUGCCCUGAGCAAACCUGGGAGCCCGGGAGCAGGACCUCUGCUGCAGGAAGACCUCUGGGCCGAAGGCUUUCUGCGGCCCUGGGGCCAAGUGCCCAUUUCCAUCUCCAGCCGCUGAGGAGGCUCUGUUCAGACCUUAAGCCAUUUUGGUUUUUAGCAUUUUGAGCCUAGGUCUCUCCCUUGUUAAAAUGGCCAUUUCCCAUGCUCUCUCUUACCUGCUUCCCCACAAUGCACACUUCUUGAGUCCCAGAGGAACAGAUCACAGGUGAGCCCAACCUGGGUUCUCAUUGAGCCCCCGAAAUACGUUUUGCGGCGAGAACAAUUGUCAGCAGGGACGUUGUUGCUAUAGAUGCCAGUUCUGAGCAGCUGGCACAUGGCCAGCCCAGCUGAUGACCAGGGUCCCAGCAAGUGAGAAGCUAUGGACACCUGGAGGAAGACGGAGGUUGCCCACCGAUGGCCGAGGCUGGGAUGAUGCAGGGGAGACAGCCACCUGGGCAGGAGGAACCUGGCCUUGGUAGGGGGAAGUUCCCGCAAACACGGGUCCCAGUGAGAAAGGAAGUCAGAAAUGUGGGUGGGUUCGAGGCAGCUCUUCCCACAGCUGUGGGGACACCGGCCUGAAGGUGUCAGUGUGCUGGGGUUCGUGAGGACCCUCAGAAAGUGGCACCCCAGCCUGCAGAGACCCCUCCAACAACAGGAGACCGUACCUGCGUCUCAUCUUGGUGCCGGGCAGUCAACACAACUGUGUAUAAAAACCAGCUUUCUAGUCGGGUCACAUCCACAUCCUCCUCGGAGAUGUGACGUCCAUGAGACCAGCAGCUUGUAGAGAAAGUGCAGGCGCCUGGGAGAAAGAUGUGGCGAGCCCGAGAGGACAGGCAAUAAAAGCCUGGGAGGCCCUCUGCCUUUCUCGUGGCCUCCUCAUUCUGACUACACGUUAACUCCAGAGCAAGAAAACAUGGCUGGCCUCAACUCCCUUCAAAGCCCUUCUCGGCAGACGUCGUGGGUCUGGGGCGUCAGGGUGCUUCAACAUCGGGAGCGCUUGGACACCUCCCGGCUUCAAGGACAAGUCCCAUGUGGCUGGGGGCCCCCGACCAGCUGUGGAGGUGGCCAGAGCGGGGCGCUGAGGGCUGAAGUCUGGAAGUUACUGAGCUUCCCUUGGUGAAGCAAUGGAGUGCGACAGAGGACUUACUGUCCAAAACCGGCAAGCCAACAGAUCAAAGUGUAAGCUUAUUAUUUAGAAAUUCAGAGACAAAUAGAAGAAACAGCAAAAAUAAUUAUAAAUGCCUUAACACUAAUCGAUGACAGAGCAGUGGCCAGAGCCGGGAGGGGCGCCAGGGAACAUUCUAGGGGCUGGAAGUGCUCUGGGUCUGGGUGGGGUUGGGGCCACCCACGUACAGGGUUGUCACGCUGUUCUACUGAAGAUUAGAAAGUGAAGUCUGUCUCCAAUAACUGGAGUCAAGUUACUAGGGGACUGAUUUUUUUAAAAAAUGAAAACUGAAUAGUGGGCACGAAAUAAUCCAAGGAGUGAAGUAGUGACAUGGGGACUACGUUAGAAAUUUAAAUGCUGAAGUACAUGUUACAGACCGUCACCAUCUGAUUCAUCUUCCUGCAAAGAUUCCGUAGCGGCUACUUCUCCAGUGCAGCUGGGCUCCAGUUAAAAGCUUUAUCCUGAACAUCAUCUAGGACUGAUUCUUUUAAAAAAACAUUUAUCCUUUUGUAUAUUUACUUAAAUCCACAUUCACAGUUUAAGAAAACAAAACACAUUCAUGCACUACUUUGGUAAAAAGACAUUAGACUUUUUUAAAAGGUCCAGAAGAUUCUGACCUGCGGCAUGGCCGGAGAACUACGUGUCGGAAACUGUCCCUGUCACAGAGCUCCAUCCUGGCUCUACGUGUCAGCCUCACCUUCUGAGCAGGUUGCCCUUUUGCAGGAAGGGCGCUGGAAGACACGCAGCAGGUUGGUUUGCACGGAACUCCAAUUUUUCUAGUGCCUUCCCACCGGGCACAGCCAGCUGCCACUGUUUGAAAUUCCCAUCCAGCGGUGUUGCCAGCACACUGGCUUGUUCCGAGGGGCUCUGGGGGCCAGGCUCUGACAUGCACUGGCCCCGCGGCUCACAGCAGCCUGCGAGGGGCAGCUCUGGAACAUCCAGUCUGCGUCAGACCUCAAAUUCGCCAUCCUCCAAACCCUGUUUCUGAUUUAGGGGGUCGGGGACCUUAAGUGAAGUUCCUACCAGCUUUCUUGGGUUCUGAUGCUGAGGGUCCAGGAACCCCAUUUGCAGAAGCCCUAACAGAGCCCGUCUUGCUACCAGGAAAAAAAUCAGUAUUUUAAAUGAACUUUGAGGUGUAAUUUGCACCAAAGAAAAUGUAGCUGGUUGAGGAGCACCUGUUGACAAGUAUAGGUCCUUGUGAGCCACUGCCAGUCAAGAUGUGGAGUAGUGCCAAUGCUCUAGAAAGUUCCCUCCUGUCCCUUUGCGGUCAGUCUCCCCUCUGGGACCUCCAGCUCCAAGCUCAUCUGCAUUCUGUCUACAGAUUAAGUGUAGUUUGUUCUAGGAUUUCCUUUAAGAGGAUUGCACAGUAUGUAGUGUUUUGCAUAUGCUUUUCGAGCCGAGUAGGAGGUUGUGAAGACUUAUUCAUGCCAGCACAUGUAUCGGUAUGUCUUUGUAGGAUUUACCUUCUCUCCAGCGGGUGACAUCAGGGUUGAGUCCACACUUGGGGUGUUACGAAUACAGCUGCUACAAACAUUCAAACAGAAGUCCUUGUAAAACAAAGUCCUUGUGUGGACAUAGGUUGUCAUUUCUCUUAGGUACCUGGGGGUUGUAUGGUCACGUUUCAUUUGUAAGAAUCCACCGAACUGUUUUCCAGAGGAGCUGUGCAUUUGACACUCCCACCAGAAUACGCGUUCCAGCUGCCCCGCCGCUUCCUGGCUGACAUGUGGUCUGGCCGGUCUCCCCCCACCCCAGCCAACUCUAGUGGGUGUAUAGUGGACUCGGUGUGGUUUUCAUUUGCAUUUCCCUGAUAACUGGUAAUACUGAGCUGCUUUCAUGAGCUCAAAGGCCAUUUGUAUGUACUUUUUUGUGUGAUUCUGAUACCCAGACUGUAUUUAGAAAAACCCUAUUAACACCCACACCCACGGGGCAGACUUUUAAGCGACAAUUUAAAUGGAAAAAUCUAAGGUAUCUCCCAACUUUGUGAGAGCGUUUCAACGUAGAGAAUUUAAAGUCACAUAAACACCCAUAUACUCACUACCUAGAUCUAACAACAGUUAACAUUAAUGUGAAUGUACGAAAUCCAACCAUCUGAAGGUGUUAGAGGUCGGGCCACUUCACCUGAAAAUACUUCAGCAUGCAUCUCCUACAAAUAAGGAUAGUCGUCUAUGUACUAACGAUUCCACUAUUACUUAGUAAAAUCAGCAUUAACUUAAUAUUCAAUCCAUGUUUCCAUUUCCCCGGUUCCACUAUUUUAAACAAAAACCAGGGUCGAAGCAUUGUUAUGGGUAUUUCUUUAAUCCCUUUUAACAUAGAGCUUUGUUUCAGUAACAUUUACUUUUUGAAGAGACUAGGCCAGCUGUAGAGUGACAACUGUCCGCCCUGGCUGGUGAGGCUCAGUGGAUCGAGCGCUCGGCCUGAGGACUGAGAGGUCACCAGUUCAAAGUCUGGAUGGGACACAUGCCUGGGUUACAGGCCAGGUCCCCAGUUGGGGGUGUGUGAAAAUGUUUCUCUUGCAUACCAGUGUUUCUCUCCCUCAUUUCCCCUCUCUAAAAGUAAAUACAUAAAAUGUUUAACUAUUUAAACUAAAUAAAUAAAGUG